UAUGUGAUUAGUAGCUCAAUUUGUCCUUUCAAUAUUAUGAGGAAUGUAUUUUAUUUCUGUUUUCCAAAGAACACCAAGACUCUGAGACACCAAGCAACUUUCUGAAGAUCACAGAGCUGUUAAGUGUCAGCAACAGGCCUGGAAGAAGGUUCAUCACUAGAGGCAUGGCCUUGAAGGGAAUUGUGGGACUCUGACCCCUUCCUCCCUCUCUCCUGACUUUCAUGAGGUCCACAGCAUGGAAACUGCCUACCUGAAGAAGUGUUUUGGAAACAGCCUGACCCAGGCACUGGCAGAGGUGGCAAGUGUGCGGCCCAGUGACCCAAUAGAGUACUUGGCUCAUUGGCUUUACCAUUAUAGGGAUGUGACUAAUGCUGAAGAAAAGAAAAGGCAAGAGGAGGCACAGCUAAAGGAGGAAUAUGACAGGAGCCUCAAGGAAGGGAGAAUGGCCGAGAUGGUGAAACAAGAGGAACAGCAGAUUCAGCAGAUGUGUGACAAGUGCCAUCAGGAACUGCUCCCCGAAGCUCUUUCCUCAAACAGGACCUCAGCCCUGCAGGAAGACAAAGCACCUCUUGAGAAGGAGACUAGGGGGCAGACAUCUCAGCCAGGUGUCUCCAGUGUGGCUGCAGAAGUGCCUCACCGGGUUUUUACCUCUUGAGAAAAUGACCUGCCAAGAGGAACUCUCACCUCAGCUAAGAUGGAAGAGACUGAGAAGGAGACAGGCGUCUACAGAUGCUCUGGUCUGCUAACCAUGAAUGCCUUUAAUCAUGUGAAGUUUUGGAUUAGCAUGAAUGCCUUUAAUCAUGUGAAGUUUUAGAUUAGCUAUUGGAUAAAAAUGAACCCAGAACAUGAAUUAAAUUCAGUAAGUCAUCAAACUGA